GCCCGGGGAGCUCUGCCCGUCCAGAGCCGGGGAACUCGAUUGCGAGCGGGAAGCAUGGUCGGAGGGAGCGGCGAGCAGAGUUGCGAGGAGGCGGCGGCGGCGCGCCAGGAUGGAGCCGUCUGAUGGCUGGGAUCCCUACGGCCGCCCGGCGCGCCGGACCCAGUGGCUGGUCAGCGCCCUGGCAUACCACUACGGGCUGGACCGGGGCGUGGAGAACGAAAUCGUGGUGCUGGCCACGGGCUUGGACCAGUACUUGCAAGAGAUCUUCCACCACCUGGACUGCGAGGCCGAAGGCAGGAUCCCCGGCGAGGACUUCCGCACCCUGUGCGGGGUGCUGGGGCUGCAGGGGGACGGCGGCGGCGACGAGGCGGCCGCCGACCCGGAGGAAUGCGCCGGCCUCUGCGAGGACGUCGCCCCGGAGCUGACUUUCCGCCAGUUCCACGCCAAGCUGUGCGGCUACUUCAGCGCCAAGGCCGGCUGCCCCGCCACGGGCCGGGGCGUGGCGGGCGUGGCGCGGCUGCCGGCCGGCAAGGAGAGCGAGCACAUCGAGACCCAGAUCCGGCUCCGCAGCCCGCUGCGCCGCCGGCGGGAGAAAGAGGCGGGGGCCGGGCGCGGGCCGUCGAGCAAGAAAGAGGGCGGCCGUCGGAGCAGCAGCAGCAGCAGCAGCAACGCCAGGGGGUCUGCUUCCACCUCGUGCACCUCGUCGUCGUCGUCGUCCUCUCCGCCACCUUCUCCCCCCGGGCCCGGCUCGGAUCGCCGGCUGCUGCCGUCGGGCUCGUGCUCCCGGGAGUGCUACGAGGAGAUCGUGGCCUUGGAGCAGGCGGAGGACCGCAUCGUCAAGCUGGAGGACGAGAACGCCAGCCUGCGCGAGCUGGUGGAAGACAUGAGGGCGGCUCUGCAAAGCAGCGACGCCCGGUGCUUGGCGCUGCAGGUAGGAUUGUGGAAGAGCCAUGCUAACCAUAAGAAUAAUGGGACCUGUUUUAUAAGCAACCGGAGACAAUUAGCUAACGGUCAGUCCCAGACUUCCAAGUGCCUUCAAAGUGUUCUAAAAGAGGUUGAAUUAAUCCGAAGUUCUAGGGAUGGACAAAUUGAAGAAGCAAUUAGGUUCAACCAGGAACUGGAAAAAGAACUGAGGAAUUCUCACGAAGCUCUGGUCGCCCUGGAAGACUGCAACCGCAGUCUAAAGAGAGAGCAAGCGGAAAUGAGGAAAAAGGUUGAAGAAGCCCGGUAUGCUGUCCUUAACAGCCUUGGAAAAGUAAAGGAACUCGAAGCUAAAGCCCAUAAAAUGCCACAGCUGCAGAUAUAUAUUCAGCAGCUAGAAUCAGAGCUACAGUAUUAUAGGUUGGAAGUCCUGAAGCACCAGCUUCCUUCACAAGGCAGCUCGGACCAGAAGACAGCAGUGGCUGGUGGCCAAUAUGCCUCAUCGGUUGUACAGCGAGAUAGAAGUUCACCCACUGGAGGUGCAGGGAUGUCAGAGAAUGGGGAAGAACAAAUGUUUCGUUCUGUGGAAGGCCAGGCUGCUUCUGAUGAAGAAGAGGAGAAAUGGUCAGGGGAGCAGCAAUCCCAGGUGGCCGAAGUGAAGAAACUCCUCGCUAGACUUCCCUGUUGCAGUAGUGGGUGUGAUGACACAAUUCUGAAGAAGCUGAUGGCCUCCUUUGGGAACAUCAGAAAGGACGACCGUGAGAACACCAUUGUGGAACUAGUUAAGCGACUCUCAAAGUUAACGGAACAGCUUGAGAUGAAAGGGCAAGAAGUGAAAACACUGGGAACAAAUAUGGAAGAGAACAUAUCUAAGCGUGCCUUGGGGAAAAUCUUACUGAGCACUUUGGAAUCCUGCUGUGACCCAGAACAUGGAAAACCACAUAUCAUUGAAGUCUUAGAUACCCUCUACCAUGAACUGACUGCCUGUGAACUCAUUCAAAGCAAACCACUUGAGAAAACUCCAGGUCACCAAUCCUUGGCUAACUCUUUGGUUAUCUCCUGUUGAGCAACAGUGCCACCCACAACGCAUUGACUGUUACCACCCAGAGGGCUUAAAAGCUACAACACCAAAGCACAAGGUUCUCCACAAUCUAGAAAUGUGUAAAAGCUGGAAGAAUAAAAGACAAUUGCAGAGAUAUGAGGAGCCAUUACAGAGCCCAUGCACUGCCAGCAGUGACUUGCAGUGGGUCUUGAACACAUCUCUGGGGUCUGUGGCCUGUGUCUUUCUCAGACCAUGAGCCCUGCUCCACAGGAAAUUCCAGAAAUUCAAACUUGAGACCUUAUCUGUAUACAACCUGUGUUCUGCCACUUGUUCAUUCUCUCACUUUGAAUUGUGAAAUUGGGUAUGAUACUUCUAGGAAGUUCUGUAAUCUCUCAUCUAAUUUCUAAGCAAGCUUUAUCCAGGAGACAGCUCCUUGCUCCCAAGGAUAAGUGGCACCUAAAGCCUUCAUGUUAUUGGUACCAGAAAUAUUCUGAUCCGUUGUAUUAAAAUUAUCCUGUUACUAACCCUGUAGAGCUUUAGCUUCCUGGUUAUAAUAAGAGAGAUUAAUGUUAUCUGCUACAUUUCAGUAGUUUGUCUUCCCUGGAGCAUCUAUCAGGUGUGUGUGUCAGGGAACCUUCGUAAUGUACAAAGGGAAAAUGAGUGCAUAAUGAAAACACACCAAGGUUGCUUAAACUUGAGGUAGCUAUUGGUUGCUAUCACUACCUAUAGUCAUGAGGGACUAUGUAUCCUGCAAAGGGCAUACAUUUGUAUGGUGUCAGUAUGCAUGCUUGUAAACACAGACCUUAUUUAAUUCUUAUACUUAUGUCUGCAUUUCUGUCCAGCCAGAUACUUUAUUUAAAACGGUAGCCACUCUACAAAUGUAGUUUUGCUUUGAUAGUAGCUUUUUCACUACUGUCGUAUUGCAAAUUUUAGAUUGCUAUAUUAAAUGCUACCUUUAUCCUGUUGAAA